AACUCAACUAUUGGUCCGUUGGUGUGUUAACGGGUUACCGGUGUUAGCUGACUAAUUGUAGAGUAGCUAUGGUUUCAGCUUCGAAGGUUAAAGAGCACAGCUCGUGAAAACGGAUUAGACCUGAAUAAUCUGUAAAAAGAAGCAAGGGUGUUUACGUAAAAGGAUUACAGUAUGACAGUUUAUUAUGUAACAAGCGUAUUUUUGUGUUUGUUAUUGCUUUUCUUACAGACAAAGGCAGAAUGGAACACGAAAGAUUACAUGAAAAGAGAACAUUCUCUAAUAAAACCCUAUCAAGGUGCUGGAAUGACCAUACCGUACUGGGAUUUUAUGGGAAGUACAAUGGUGACAAACAAUUAUGUUAGGCUCACACCGGAUUCUCAGAGUAAACAAGGACAAUUGUGGAAUUCCGUGCCUUGCAGUGUUCGUAACUGGGAGCUACAAGUACACUUUAAGGUCCAUGGAAAAGGCAAAGAGCUGUAUGGAGAUGGAUUUGUUAUCUGGUAUGCAAAGGAUCGCAUGGUUGCUGGUGCAGUUUUUGGCAAUAUGGACUAUUUUCAAGGAUUAGCAGUCAUCCUUGACACCUACAGCAACCACAAUGGACCACACAAUCAUCAGCACCCAUAUAUUUCAGCAAUGAUAAACAACGGGUCAUUGCAUUAUGAUCAUGACCGGGAUGGCACACAUACGCAACUGGCAGGCUGCGAAGCAAAAUUUCGUAAUCUUGACCACGACACACACAUCGCCAUCCGUUACGAGAGGGAUACUCUGACUGUCUCAACUGAUAUUGAGAACAAGGCAGCUUGGAAGGAGUGCCUGUCUGUACAAGGAGUUCGGUUGCCAACAGGUUAUUAUUUUGGUAUGACUGCAGCAACAGGUGAUCUCUCAGACAUUCAUGACAUUAUGUCUGUCAGGCUGUAUGAAUUAGAUUUGCCAGAUGAUCCAAAAGAGGAAGAGGAUCGUUCUCAAAUAUCACCAUCAGCGGCAUUUUUUGAAUCACCAAGAGAUCACGUGGAAGAUCCAAAGCCAUCAUCACUAAGUGGGAUUAAGAUAUUUUUGUUGAUGUUGGUUGGGACACUUGCUGUCAUUGCUUGUGUCGUCAUUGGAAUCAUGUUCUACCAGAAGCAUCAAGAAAAUUCUCGUAAAAGAUUUUAUUGAUUUGUGGAAUAUUGAAAGCCUGAACAUAAAGGUGGUAUAAACCCAGUUCUCAGAAUUCAUUAUGGUAAGGUUAUCAAAAUGUGGCAUACUUGUAAUAUCUCGAUUCGCAGCAGUAUGGUGAUUAUGAAAUAAGUGCACUUCAUUUUUCAUUUUUAUGUGUGACAUGUUCAUGUAGCCGUUGAGGUGUUUUCAUUAUACUCCCAAGCCUUUUCCUGUCAUUUCUGAAUUUUGGUAUGUCUUUUGUAAUGAUAUAGGCGAUACGGAUCAAAGACUUUCGAACACAUUCAAGAUUAGAUUACAUUUUAUGAGUUGCCACUGCAAGAGUGGGUUUUAUUUGAUUUUUUUUUAAAUCCGUAGAGAAGCGAAACAAAUUGUGACCUUCGUAUCGGUAGUUCUUGAAACAUGGAAAAGCACAAGAUAGAGAAUUGCAUCUUGUAUGAAUAAAGGAGAAAUGAAGAAGGUUGCUGUCCCCUGGGACAUGAUGCUGUAUAGUCUGGCAGAAAUUUAUCAAUAUUUCAGAGCAGCCUGCUGCUUCCAUCUUCAGAGUAGAAUAUCCUGAAGGUGCAGGCAACAGGCUUCUCUGAUACAUGGGUAAAUUUUUACCAGACUACAAGUGUGACAACUCAGAUGACAGUAAUUUUUCUUUCACCACUUUGAAAACUUCAAAUCCUACUAGCAGAAAUCAAGUAAAGUGUGGCAUCAUACUUUUAUAGAAGUUAACAUUUUUAUAGAAGAAAUGUAGCACCUUAUAAUGGGAAAUGUGACCAAGUAAAAGUUGUGUUACACGCAGCGUUCUACAUAUGCAGAAUUUGGAGCUAUUUAUUGAAGAAGUGUAGCACCUUAUAUGGGAAAAUCUAGCCAUUCAUCGACAUCAUAAUUAUACAGAACUUGGCACUGAAAUGUAAUACCAUAUGGCAGAAAAAGUUGCCAUGCAGAAAUCAAAUUACCUAUGAUACCGUACUGCUUCAGAACUUAGCACUGUUGUUGAAGAAGUUUUAACACCUUGUGCUGGAAAAUGAUGGUUGAAGAUUAUAGCAGUGUUUUGAAUUUUAUUCUUAUGUGAAAGAAGUGCAGGAAUUUUUUUAAUGUUGACUUAAUAGUUUUGCUGUAUUUUGUGAAUGUAUGUUGGGCCAGGCAGAAGUUGUUAAUGGCCUUGAAGAGACUGAUGAAACUAUUCCUACAAAUGCAGUAAUAUUUACUUAGAGCCUUCGUAUGUGCUGAGGAUACCGUAUUGAUUUUAUUCAAAAUGUCUGGAAGAAGUGUGCAUCUUCCCAUCCGAUAUGGAAGCUGCUGUCUACUAAUUGUCUGUGUAACAGUUUGUUUUGUGCCAAAUAUGAAUUUUGCAAGUUCAGUAUGUUCUGAGACACUGGCAUGUAGGAAGUGGUCUUUUUGUUAAUACCACACUUAAUGUUCAGAUACGUGGGCCAUGUAAUAUCCAUGUUACACAUGCUGAAGUAUUUGGUGUAGAGUUUGUGUACUGUUUGGAUUCUGACUGUAUUCAUGCAACAUUCAAAGUUUGUAUUAUAUUCACUUUUUGUCUUCAGUGUUGUAAUAAAUAUUGAGAAGUAGGUGAUCUGAUCAACUUAUUUGUACAUUUGUAUACAGUAGUGAUCCAAUUGCUGUUUGUAAAAGAGAAGAUGAAUGUGAUAUGUGUGUGUGUUUUAUGUGCAUUUUAUGUUAUACAGAGUAAGUUGCAGUAGCUAAUGUAUUGUAUGUAAAUGUAGGAUAUUUGAUAGUGUCAAAAGUCAUGAGUAGAAAUUUACUACAUUCAGGUUGGGAUGGCAAGUUUCCUGCCUCUGUGGUUCUUGCAGUCACCAGUGUGAUGUCAUGAAACUGAUUUUAGCCCUGCAACACAUAUGAAAGGUUAUCAAUUUAUUUUUUUUUUUUCCAUCAGAAUUUUAUACAUGUCAGGAAAUUAUGGCUGUGUAAACAGUUGACAUGUUAGGCAUCAAGACAAAUUACUGUGGUUAUAAGGAGACUCAAAGGGAAAGAUUUGGUGUUUUCAAAGCAUUUGUAAUAUAGAUGACAGCCUUUUAGGUUGUGACACUGUGAUUGAGGUUUUCUGUGGUCUUCCUUAUCCCUAAAGCAAACUUCUGGGAUAGUACCUCAGUUAGGCCAUGACUGUUUCCUUCAGUAUCCUUUCCAAUUCCUCAUUUAUCCUACCAUUUGAUGCCAUAGAGUUGAUGACAGCAUCAUAAGAUAAAUCAUAAUAAGCGGGUACUGCAAAUGGGCUGACCAAAAGUAAGUGGGCAUAAAAUUUGUUAGGAUGUGUAUGUCUUUGUGUAAGUGUGUAAUUUUAUUCACAUAAACUUAACCAAUGAUGUCAUUCCUUUUCAUUGCCUUUCUGUACAAUUCUGUGUUGGAGAAGAGAGUCAGUGGCAUAGCUUUGUUGAAUCUCUGCAGCUUAGAGUAAGAUUUGUGGUCUGAAGUUAGACAUCCAGAUGUCAGAAUUUUUUUUAGGCAUAUCUUGUGUUGGUUAGUGUUUAAUAAAUAAUCUAUAUAAUUUUUUCCCACCAUUUUCACUGUCACUGAUGCUACUAAGUGCCUUUUAAAAAAAUAUAUAACUGAUUCAAGACAUGAGAAUUGUUUUCCUGAAAUUUGAUUUAAGUAAUAAUUUAAGAAUUUGGCAUCCCAAAAGAGAAAAGGUAUUUUUAGGAAGUGGAUUUUAGUAAUGUCUUACAUAUCUUUAAGGUUGCAUCAUCAUCGCCAUAAUAAUAACAGCAGCAGCUGGAAUAAUUCAAUUCAAUUCAAUUCUUUAUUA